AUGAUGGGAAACCCACACAUGGAGCUGCCUGAGCGUACGGUUUAUAUGAAGCAAAACAUCUGCGACAACACGUUGGAUAAUGCGCAGCUGGCCAAACGGUGCCCGCUUGACUACGCCAACGGGCGAUGCGCCGACGCGUCCGCUCCAGCCCGUAACCCCGCCGGCCAGCUCGACCAGCUCCCGGCAGAACUUCUCAUCCAGGUUCUGCUCUACACCGACCUUCCUUCGCUGACAUGCUUCCGCCGCGUCAACCGCCGCGCGAUGCAGCUCGUCGACUCAGUCCCCCAAUACGCCGCCAUCCUCCGCCACUGUCCCGACAUCAUCCGCGCCAUCAUCAGCAUCCAGGCCGACGCGUUCGACUGCAACACGCUGUACGCAACCCUCAGCACGACCCGAUGCGCCACGUGCGACCGCUAUGGAGACCAUCUUUACCUCAUCGACUGCAGCCGCGUCUGCUACUUCUGCUUCACCCGGCGGCCGGAAUACUGGCCCCUUACAGCCGGUCGCGCAUCCAGCGUCUUCAUGUCUUGCCGCCCCAUCACCACCAGUACCAACACCGCUAGCAGCAGCAGCAACCGCCAGCGCCUACUUGCGGCGAACCUACCCAGCGUCUUGAGCCUGCCCGGACGUUACUGUACCUCCUGGGCCUACGAAGGGGGAAAUUUGGUGCGGAAGCGGCUUCGACUGUUCGACCGGCGGGCAGUGACGCCGGAUUUGACUGGUUCUGGCUGUCAAAAACUAGACAAGACCACUCGGGAACCUCUUCGGUUCAUGGCCAUCAUCACUGCGCCGUAUCUGUUUGAUUCUGGCCUGCAGGUCGACUGGGGAUGUUUCUGCCUCGGCUGCAGUGAGGAAAAGGACGAGGGAACGAGGCAUUUCAGGAUCAAAUACACUCGGCAAGGAAUGUUGGAUCAUAUUGCGAAGCAUGGUCCGGUAAAGGAGGUACCGAGGAUACCUGGCAGGUUCAUGCAUGCUACCCAGGGUUGA